GUGGCCCGGGUUGCUCGGAAACCUCUGUGGACGCAACAGAGCACCUGUCAGCCAAUGAGCAGUGGGGGCUCGGGGCGCUGGCGUGGGCGGGAGGCGGCCUGGGGGCGCAGCGUGUUGCAGGGAGCCGGGGGCGUAGCUGGAGCAGCUGCUCCCACCCCUGAGUCGGGGUCAGCAGCAGAGGGUCAGUGAAGCCGUAUCAUGUGCGGUCCCUGGAAAUUGCAGGGAUGAUCCCGAAAGGUUGAGGAUUUGGCAGGACCCGGGCAGAAUCGCAGUGUCGUUCAGCUUCAUCUGCUUGCAAAAUGGUUUCCCAAAGGCAUCUUUCUCAAGGCGCCUGGUAUUUGAACAGCAUCUGACCUCUCUGUCACUUCGGUAUUUCCGACUUUCAGCUGGUGCCUGAGUAGCUGUCAAGAUAUAACUAUCCAUCAUGACACCUCGCAGCUGGCAAAUUUGCUUUUGGCAGAUAGUAUUUGCCUUCACUGUUAUUGGAGUUGUAUCUCUUCAACAUGAGCAACCAAAGAUGCUACUGGUAUCUUUUGAUGGAUUUCGUUGGGAUUACAUCCAUAAAGUUCCAACACCAAACUUCCAUUAUGUCAUGGAAAAUGGUGUUCAUGUCCAUCGGAUUACAAAUGUUUUCAUCACAAAAACUUUUCCGAACCACUAUACCCUUGUAACAGGGUUGUAUGCAGAGAGCCAUGGAAUCGUAUCUAAUGAAAUGUAUGAUAAUGUUUUAAAUAAAUCUUUCUCUUUGGGCAAAAUGGAGACAUUUGAUCCAAUUUGGUGGGAGGGGGCCUAUCCACUUUGGGUAACAAACCAGAUGCAAGGCCAUAAGAGUGGAACAGUAAUGUGGCCUGGUACCGAUGUUCAAGUACAUGGCAUGUACCCAACUCAUUACAUGAUUUACAAUAUCACUGUUUCAUUUGAGGAUCGAGUGGAUCGACUGAUUGAUUGGUUCAAAGGAAAAGAGCCUGUUAAUUUUGGCCUCCUGUACUGGGAGGAGCCUGAUCUUUCAGGUCAUGAUUUGGGGCCAGAUAAUCCUCUCAUGGACAGGAUCAUUGCAGAUAUUGAUCUAAAGCUCGGUUUUCUUAUAGUAAAACUUCAGAAAGCAGGACUAUGGGACACAGUAAACUUGAUAGUCACAAGUGACCAUGGGAUGGCUCAGUGCUCUAGAGACCGGAUUAUUGAAUUGGACCAAUAUGUAGAUCGUAAGCUAUACAAAUGGAUUGACUUCACGCCAGUCUCUGCUCUAUUGCCCAAAAAAGGCAAAUACAGUGAGGUGUAUAAUGCCUUAGUGAAUGCUCACCCCAACAUGACAGUAUACAAGAAAGAGGAUAUUCCAGAUCGUUUUCACUACAAACACAGUGACCGAAUUCAACCAAUAUUACUUGUGGCAGAUGAAGGCUGGACCAUCAACCAGAAUAAAACAUUUGGAAAAUUCACUUUGGGUGAUCAUGGAUAUGAUAACAGCAUAAAGAGCAUGCAGCCUAUAUUGAUUGCCCAUGGACCUGCUUUCAAGAAGAAUUUUUCCAAGGAAUCUAUAAAUAGUGUUGACCUCUAUCCGUUACUCUGCCAUCUCUUGGGAAUUGACCCUGUUCCAAAUAAUGGAACCUUUAAAAAUGUUCAGGAAUUAUUACUUCCCGUAAGGAUGAUUACAAUUGGAAGUUCAACAGUGGACAUUGAGUCCCAGAAUGAAUUAAGUUUGUAUGCAUGGCCAGGUAUCCUCCUUGGAAGUUUUUUAGUUGUUGGAUUUUUAUUAGUAUUUAUGCAGAAAAUGACGAGAAGCCAGAUGUCUGAAUUGAAUAUUUACCAAGGUGAGAUGGCUCAACCCUUGCUGCUGAGUUAAAACCAGGGCUCUGUGCUCUGGAUCUCUGUAUUUCAAUGUGCUAUCUGUUAUUUGGCUUUUAUUUUCUCAAAAUACACAUAAUCUAGUUGAGUCACGGCAGUCACUCAAAGAUUGAGGCAUUAUAAAUUAAUUUCUGUCAAUGAAAUCCAGAUGUUUUGCCAGCAGUACCAUUGGGGAGGCACUGCACUGCAGUAUAUGAGUACUUCUAACAUAUAAGUGAUGUAUACAAGUGUAACAUUUAAUAAUAACUACAAUAAUAAUGUUCCAGGAUUUUGAUCAGGAAUGUGUCAAGGAAUACUUGUUAAAAAUGUUAAGUUUUGACAUUGCCAUUAUAAAUGCAAAGCCAUUGUAUAAUCUGAUGGGGAAGCAUAACCCAAAACAUCAUGCCAUGCCAUAGAUAUUGUAAUAUUGCUAAGAAAAAUAUCCCUGUAGUUUCAAGCUAAUUGAGCUUAUUAAAUGAUCUACCCAAAACAUUCUUUUUAGUAUAGUAGUAUUUAUUUAAAUUGACGCUCAUUGAGUAAUGCAAGGAUGUUUGAGAAUGGUGAGCAAAUGACAAUCCCUGACAUUUUAAUGAAAAAUAAUGGAAACGUGGUAAAGUUGAUGGGUGACCUGUCAUUUCACAAUGAGUUUUGAAAUAAAUAAUGUAUGUAACCUAUAUGACUGUUCACACAUGCUAUAUGGACUAUGAACAUAGCAUUAUCUGAUGGGUUUAACGGUUUGUACACUGCACUGACCUGGUCUUCAUUUUAACUGUAGUACAUUUUAUCUCUCUUUUCCUGAAAGACAACUAAUUCUUUGAUAUUAAAAAAAAAUGAUGGAUAAAGUAGAAACAAAGGUUCUAGCAAGAUUUUGUUGAUUAUCUGAUCACUUAUGAGUUUAUCUCAAUUACAGUGUUAAUCACCAUUUUAAGGUUACCACAGUAAAAGGUCAUUCAAUCUAACAAGUCUGCAACAUUAUUUUAUCUGAUGUCUUUGGUUCAUUAAAAAUCCUGUUUGCUA